AUGCAACAACCCCAGGAGAAGCCGGAAGCGGCGGCGGCGAGGGCGGCGCACGUGGGCAUGGAGUCUCCCGAGGGACCUCUGCGCUUCACAUGCCCCUCAGAUUUCUCAGCCCAUCCGGUCUGCCCUGGGUUCCCCUUCUCCCCAGAUACACUGCAGGGCCCUUCCAAGGAGCUCUGGUUGAUCCGAGCCCCGGACAGCUUCAGCCCGGAGAGCCUCGAUGGCCACUCUGUGCCGUUGCUCUGCUCCCGGACUCUGACGGUGACGCAGCCACACCGCAAAAAGAUCUGCGUUCAAACGACCCUGGAGCAUCUAGCCGGUGCUCAGCUGCUGGUCCCUUCGGGCCACAGAGGCCACCUCACCUGCUCCCUCCCUUUCAGCAACUCCCUGAGCAUCUGUGAGAGAUAUGGGGACCCCAGUGACAACCAGCCCCUUUCCCCAGUGGUGGCCAGAACAGCCCCAGAAAGCCUUAAGCAACGCUUGCUGUCCUUCGAGUACCACCCAGAGAGAGGUCCGCUGCCCGGAGCAGUGGAGGAGCUUCCCAAGAAGAAGAGGAAGAUGGCAAAGAACCACCGGCUUGGAAAGGAGGACCCUGAGGAAGAGCUGGCUCUCUUGGGGAUGCCUUUGUGGCCAGCUACAGGAGGCGGCAAGGCAGAGGCUGCGCAGCAGCAUGAGUGGGACGGGGCAGCCCCGUUGGCAAAUGGCUCCCAACCAAUCUCCGCAGCUGUUGCUCAAGAUGGUCUCCUCUCUUGCGAGGCGGAGGCUGCAAGUCCCGGAAGCAAGAAGAAGAAGAGGAAGAAAAGGAAGGAGGACAGAGAACUGAAGAAGAUGGGGGGAGAAGCAGAGGCCGGACGCCAGCACGAGGAGGAGGGGGCUGCCUCGUGGGCAGUCGGCUCCCUCCCAGAGGUCCAGCCAAACUCUGAAUUUGCCCAGGAUGGUCUCCUCUCUGGCGAGGUGGAGGCUGCAGGUCCCAGAAGCAAGAAGAGGAAGAAGAAAAGGGAGGACCGAGAAGUGAAGGAUGAGGUGGAGGCAGGGGCCACACCCUCCCACAAGGAGAACGGAUCAACCCCGUGGGCAAUCGGCUUCCAGCCAAGCUCUGAACCCAUUGCCCAGGACGGUCUCUUCUCUGGCAAGGCAGAGGAUCCAACUCCCAUAAGCAAGAAGAAGAAGAAGAAGAAAAGGAAGGAGGACCGAGAAGUGAAGGGUGAGACGGAGGCAGAGGCCUCCUGCCCGCUCGAGGAGAAUGGGACAACCCCAUGGGCAAUCACCCCCCAGCCAAGCACUGAACCCAUCGCACAGGAUGGUCUCUUGUCUGGCAAGGCAGAGGGUCCAGGCCCCAUAAGCAUAAAGAAGAAGAAAAGGAAGAAGGACCGAGAAGUGAAGGACAAGAUAGAGGGAGAGGGACUGCUGGAUCUUAGCUCCUGCCAGGGAGGGGGCUCUGAGCCCCAUGCAGGAGAGGACAGUCUCCCAGGGAUGGAGGAAGUGACCCAGUGCACACACAAGGGAAAUAGGAAAGAGAAGGCAGCAGCAGCUGAGGCCGCCUCCAAUGAGGAAGAAACUGCUGGGGUGCUGUGGGACUUUAGCAGCCCGGGGGCCACCCCUGCAGGCAGGCUGGUGGCCCAGGAGGAACCCGGGGUGGGCAACUCAAGUCACAAAGCCAAGAAGAAGAGGAAGAAGGAGAAGCUGGAGGAAGGAGCCCAGGAGCUGGGAGGACGGCCCACUCCGCCGGAGGUGGAGGGCUGGGCUCAGCUGGGCACCCCCCUGGGGGCAGGAGGAGGGCAGGAGGCAGAGCCUGGCGUGGAGGAGCUGAGCCAGAGGCCCAAGAAGAAAAAGCAUCACAGGCAGGAGGCUGCCAAGCAGGGGCUGGCCAGGGUGACGGAGCAGGGGCACUCCUAG